AUGGUUUUUAAACCGUUUACCCACCUCGCGCGCCAAAGUUUCGCCAAAGCUUUCACACAUGGCUAUGCUCAGUCCGUAGUCGCGGCGUCGCAAUCCUACGCGUCCUCUAGUACUAUCAACACCCUCGCUGCCCAACCUACCAAGUUCUCCCGCACACAGUUACAAAAUGCUUUCUCCAACGCCUCGAGCUCGUCCGGCGCUGGCGCCAAGGCCAGCCAGGGAACUUCUGGAUCAGGGGAUUCCGGUCUAGCUGCCUAUUAUGCCGCGUGGCAGCAUGCUCAACAGACCGGUGACGAUAGCGACUGGCGACAGUUCCAGUUCAAGCGCAGUAUCGACUGGAAGCCUUCCGCCGAAGAGAUCGAACAGGCCCACGAAGACCGAACCGAAUCCGUUCCUCCUCACCUUACCAAGGCCGCCGUGAACGAAGAUGUUGGCGCUCAAGUGGAGGAGGCCGUUGCCCGUGAGAUGCAGCAGAUUCAGGAUGAACACGCACAAACUGAGGCUUCAGAGCGGACUGAGGCUGUGCUGAAGAAUAAUGCAGCUGAGAAUGUCGUUAUCUCGGAAGAGAUCUCGAAGGAAGCUCAGUUUCUGUCCGAUAAGAUUGUUCAGCUGGCAACCUCUAAGAGUUUCGCGGAGAUUCCUGCGGCUUUCGAACUUGUUCUUCGGGAGGGUCUGACCCCGACCGUGGAGGCAUACAAUGCCCUCUUGGUCGCCGCUAUUCAACUUCAUCCCGAAGCCGCGCAGGCAAUCCCCAAGGCCCUCGAUGUUUACUCCGACAUGCUUCGUCGCAGAGUCAUUCCCGACGAAGACACAUAUGAGACUCUCGUUCAGCUUUUGACCACCCGCGCAAAUGAUACCAUUAAGGCCAAGGAGGUGUUGGAGCAGGAGCGCGUCCGCUAUGGUGGCAUGGAAGAGCCCGGCAAGUUCAUGCUUCAGUCCAGCGAGUUGGAGCGCGAUAUUCUGGCCGAGGACCACUCUCUGCCUAUCGCCGUAAAGCUCUUUGAUGCUGCUAUUACCCGACACCCUCGAAUCGUGUUUCCUCUCAACAUGUACCGCCACCUCAUCAUUGCAUGUGCCCGUGAAGGUAUGGUUGACGACAUGGUUCGCAUCUACGCCCAUAUGGAGCUCCAAAAGGUUCAGCCUCAUGCCACCAUCUUCCCUCACAUGAUUGAUGCGUUCGUCAGUACUGGUGACCUCAAGAGUGCUGUGGAAUGUUACAAUGAGUACCGAACUCUGGCUGUCUCAGAUGAUAGCGGAGUGUUUACCAUUGUUCGACGUUUGGACGGACAGGUUUACGCUGCUGUCAUUCGGGCCUAUCUCUCUUGCGGCAAGGAAGAUGGUGCCAUGCACUUCUUUGACCGUGUUCGCUCCUCUUUCGACGAUGUGACUGAAAGUGAAAGCCGCUGGGCUGCCGUCAAAGCUGUGAUUGUUCAGGACGCACUUGUGCAACACUCGGUGAAGACUGGAGAGUACAGCAGGGCCCUGGAGCAGGCCAAGGCUGAACUUUUUGAUGAUGCUCGGGAUCAGGCCAUUUCUCAGAUUUGCGUGUCUGCCGCUGACGCAGGCGAUCUGACCACUGCCUCCGAAGCAUAUGAUCGCCUCUCCACAUCACCCGCAAUCCGCCAGGGUCCCGCUAUUUCGCUACUCGCCCUCCAUAUUCGCCAGGGUAAUGUUUCGAAGGCCCGGUCCUUGUGGAUCAUGCUCAACACAGUGGGUCAGGCAACCCCGGAUAUGGUUCAGCCGACCACUAUGUACGCGCUUGCACAACUGAAGAGCGGCCAGGUCGAUGGGGGUCUUCAUGAAGCUCGUAACAUGUUUGCUCGCAUUCGUGACGCCUCAGCCAAGAAAAUCGCUGACGUCGCCUCUGUCCGGGAACAAAUCACCGAGUCUCUUCACCUCUUCGGUCGUGUUCUUGUCCAGACCCACGCCGUCCUCUCACCCCAGGCAUCCAUGUCCCUUCUUUGGUCCAUGGUCGAGAAUGGUGGCCUUGUGUCUCCUCUCGUCGAGCAUGCCGUCAGCCACCUUGGUCCCAUGGGUAUUUCGCAGUUGAACCCCGCCGACCUCACCCUCGCUAUUCAGGCUCAAGCUGGUAUGCUUGCUAGCAACCGUGCUAUGCUUUUCGAUGCUGCUCACCCAGUUCGUUUCGCGCACAUGCUUGACGUUGCUCUUUCGGCCUCUCUCCCCUUGGACAACUACACCACCGGCUUGAUUGACCAAUCCAUCAGCAACCUUGUCGCCAGCCGCCCUGACGUCGUCAAGAAAUGGCAAGAUCAUCUGGAGGCUACUUCUCAGACUUCUCUUUUGUCUGAUCGUCUUAGUCCCGUCUCCAUGGCAACGUCUAUCACCGUCCCGUCUUCAAGCCCCGAAUCCUUUGAUCCUUAUGCCCACGCUACCGACUUCCGCGGCUCUUCUAUCAUUUCCGAGGAGCUCGAGAAGACCGCUGGACGGCCAGAGUCCCACCUCAAUGAAGCUUUGAUCCGACUUAAGAACAUGCGUCGCGUCCGUCGUCAUCCUCGCUAUAUCACAUACGCAAAGAUGAUCACCGCUGCUGCCAAGGUCGGUCGCUCGGACUUAGUUCACGAGAUCCACAGCAUGGCCCGCACUGAUGUUCCUUUGAAUAUGGCUUACAACACUGUGAAGUACGGCUGGGACUCAAUUCUUGAUGCUAUGGUUGCUGCUUGCUUGAAUCUUGGAGAUCGUCAGCUGGCUGGCCAGUUCCACCAGGAGUUGCUCAGCAUCGGAUCUGCGCCUUCGGCGAACACCUUUGGUCUUUACAUUACCACAUUGAAGGAAUCGACUAAGACUUUCGACGAGGCCACCGAGGCGUUGAAGAUCUUCCAGCGCGCUGUUGCUGAGGGUGUCGAGCCUACCUCUUUCUUGUACAAUGCGCUUAUUGGCAAGCUUGGAAAGGCUCGUCGCAUUGAUGACUGUCUCGCAUACUUCGCUGAGAUGCGUUCCAACAACGUUCGCCCUACCAGUGUCACCUACGGAACUAUCGUCAAUGCUCUGUGUCGUGUCAGCGACGAGCGCUUCGCUGAGGAGAUGUUCGAAGAGAUGGAGUCUAUGCCUAACUACAAGCCCCGCCCUGCUCCUUACAACUCGAUGAUCCAAUACUUCCUCAACACCAAGCGUGAUCGCAGCAAGGUCCUCGCAUACUACGAACGUAUGAAAGCCCGCAACAUCAAGCCUACCAUGCACACCUACAAACUCCUCGUGGAUGCCCAUGCCUCCCUCGAGCCUGUCGAUAUGGAUGCUGCUGAGAAGAUCCUCGAGUCUAUGCGAGCUACUGGUCAACAACCCGAUGCCGUCCACUAUGCCUCCCUGGUCCACGCCCAAGGCUGUGUUCAACACAACCUUGAUGCUGCCCGAAAGAUCUUCGACCGAGUCAUCUCCGAUAGCCGUGUUCGCCUACAGCCCUGUCUAUACCAGGCCCUUUUCGAGGCUAUGGUCGCCAACAACCGCGUCGCUGACACCGAGGAUAUUGUUAGGGGUAUGAUGAAGCGCAACGUCGAAAUGACCGCGUACAUUGCCAACACUCUUAUCCACGGAUGGGCCGCUGAAGGUAACGUCAUCAAGGCCAAGGCUAUCUACGACAGCAUCGGCCUUGAGAAGCGCGAGCCUAGCACCUACGAAGCCAUGACUCGUGCCUUCCUCGGCGCCGAAGACCACGUCAGCGCCGCUAAGAUCGUCCAGGAGAUGGUCUCCCGCGGAUACCCCUCAGCCGUGGCUAGCAAGAUUCGCGACCUUAUCGGCUCCUCCUCUACCGUCUAA